AAAAAAAAAAAAAAGUUUUGAGAAUUUCACUUUUCUAUUCACUGCAGUCCUGGCCAAAGUAAAGCCCUCUUUUACAUUGACGUCAAGAUCUUUACUAAGAUUAGGGUUUCAUUUCUCUAUUGCAGCAAUUAGCCAGGGAAUGUAUAAAAGGCUACAGGGAAGCAAGCUAGGACUCCAGAGGGAAAGCACUUUGCACCACAGACAGAUAGCAAGAGAGAGGGAGAGAGAGAGGAGGGAGGAAGGAGCAAGGGAGAGAGGAAAAGAAAGUUUGUAUACAGAGACUUAAAAAAAAAAGUCUUGUUGCACCUGGUAGCACUGGUGAAACAGAAAUGAGAGUUCUGCUUCAUGCUUAAAUAGCUGAGAGACAAUGGGAUAGUAGGGGAAAGUUAACAAUCUCUGCUUACAUUUUAUAACUGCAGGGUACUGGAAGCACAGCUGCCUCUCGCUUUAAUGUAGUCUUAAGGGCUACUGGAAAAGGGAACUUUUUUUUUAAACAUCUUAGCUUCUGAAAAAUAACAACUUAGAGUUGAAUGAAUUUCAUGCAGAGUUAUGGGUUUUGACCAGAUAGAUUCUAUUUAACCAUCUCUACUGACUUUAAAGAAAGACACAGAGAGGCUGGGGAGCUUUUUAAACAUGUCUUUUAGUUUAGUUUUUUUCCAAUGAGGGUACAGGGGGAGAAAGGGAGCUGAAGGCAGCCUGUUGAAGAGCAGCAGCAGGGAAAAUGGGUCUGUUAAGCGUGGAUUUGCUGAUCACGCUUCAGAUCUUGCCAGUUUUUUUCUCCAAUUGCCUCUUCCUUGCACUCUAUGAUUCUGUGAUCCUCCUGAAGCACAUGGUGCUGUUUCUGAGUCGGUCUAAGUCUGCGCGUGGUGAGUGGCGAAGGAUGCUGACCUCAGAGGGGCUGCGUUGCGUCUGGAAUAGCUUCCUCCUAGAUGCUUACAAACAGGUGAAACUGGGUGGAGAAGCCCCAAACUCCAGAGUGAUUCACAUAACCAAUGGCAUCAGUGGUGGCAGUACCAGAUGCAAGAAUGUUGGUGGAAAGUUGGGGAGCAAGUGUCAUCUCUUGGAUUUUGCCAACUCUGAGCGUCCCCUGGUGGUCAACUUUGGUUCAGCUACCUGACCUCCAUUCACGAGCCAGCUGUCAGCCUUCAGCAAGCUGGUGGAGGAGUUUUCAGGUGUGGCCGACUUCCUGUUGGUCUACAUUGACGAGGCUCACCCAUCGGAUGGUUGGGCUGCUCCUGGAAUCUCGCCCUCUUCAUUUGAGGUGAAGAAGCACAAGAACCAGGAAGACCGAUGUGCAGCUGCUCACCAGCUCCUGCAGAGGUUUUCCUUGCCCCCCCAGUGCCAAGUAGUGGCUGACUGCAUGGAUAAUAAUGCCAAUGUAGCCUAUGGGGUCUCCUUUGAGCGCGUGUGUAUCGUGCAGCGACAGAAAAUUGCUUACCUGGGGGGCAAGGGCCCCUUUUUCUACAACCUCCAGGAAGUUCAGCUUUGGCUUGAACAAAACUGCAGCAAGAGAUGAAAUCCAGCAUAUGCUGAGGAAAAUGUUUCAAGAGUAGUGUCCCUUUAAUGUGAUAUAAAAGGGAAAAAAAAUAUACUGUUUUGAAAGGUCCUUUUUUGACCUAUUACAAGAAAUAACAAGGUCAAAUGAAUGCAUACCAGAAAAGAAAAAUAACACAAAAAUGAUAGUUGUGUGAAACAACCCCACUCCUGCCUUCCCAAUGGGACAGAAAGGGCAACUGUGAAAAGUGCCACUCCUAAGCAGGGAAGAUGGUAAGAUGCGAUAUUUCUCCCAGGAGGAACCUAUGCAUAUAUUGAAGUGUUGGUGUUAGAAUGAACCAGAAACAUUUCUGUUUGGAAGACUGUUGUAUAGAGAGGCAAUGUAAUGAAUUUGAACAGGGACAUCUCUUUGUUCCACUGAUGGCCAUGUUAGCAAUUGCAAGGAGCCAAAGUCUUGCCAUUAAUUUGCAUAAAAUGGAAUAGAUUAUAGCUACUCUCCUCUUGAUACAGAAGCAUGACCCUUCAGGUAAUACAGCAUACACAGUAUAAUACAGUGCAAACUUGCUCUGUGUGUGCAAUAUAUAUAUAUAUAGAUAUAUAUAGAUCUAUCUGUCUAUCUAUCUAUAUAUCAAUAUAUAGAUAUAUAUAGAGAGAUAGAUAUCUAUAUAUAGAUAUAUAUAACAUACAUUCAUGCAUACAUGAACACACACAUUCAUAUUUACAUUAAUAUAUAUAUAUAUAUAUAUAUAUAUAUGUUCAUGUAUGCAUGCACAGACACACUAUAUAUAGAGUCCUACAUUUAAGUCUUAGCUUAAUGAGUACUACUUUGGUAUCCCUGUAUUAGAUAGGAAGUAGUGUGGGGAAGAAGCAGGUGAUGUGAAGGGAAAAUAUAUAUACGAAAAAUGAGGCAGGAAAAGACAAAGAUUGAAAGAGAAAUCUAUAAUUUUCCACUUUGGAACUUUUAAAAGUGGGACCAUUUGUCACCAGCACCCUCUGAUGUAUAUACACGGUUCAUGCCAAUGGCAAGAGAGAAGAGCUCAGCUGAUGCCAACCUUCUCUUUAUAGAACUAAAAAUAUGUAUUUAUCAGUGUCUUUUCUUUUCUUGUUCUUUCUCUCUCUCUCUCUCUCUCUCUCUCUCUUUCUUUCUUUCUUUUAUCAUUUUUCUGGGUUUUUUUAAAGAGAAACAGUAGAAAUAGGGAUUAUUUUGUGCCUAGUUUUGUAAAAGUAAUUUAUUUCUUCUUCUUCUAUUUUUUUGUGACAAUGACAUAGCAAGUGUAUUUUUGAAUGGGGGGGAACUUAUACACCACUUUACCUCAUUGGAACAGAAACGUGUCCAGUCAGUUACCCUGUUACAUGUGCUCAUGUUGAAUUUUGCUGUCUGAGAUGCCUGCAAUUAGUUUACAGCCAUGUAAAUUAAUGUGAAAGUUAAUCAGUUUUUAAACUUGGGAUUGAUGAAUUGCAGUUCUGCUGUCAGGUAGGAUGAUGUUUUGUUCACGUUUCAUUAACCUACUCAGAAGCUUUCCGAGAACAUACUGUUGUGUCCUUAACUUUACAGCCAUCUCCCUUUUUUAUGAAGUUAAGGAUGAAUUGAGUAAAUUACCAUGAACAAUUGUAACAAAUGGCUGGGUUCUCUCCAGAAUGGGUAAAGAAAUUAUUUAGAGGUAUGUUCAAAGAUUUGCUGUUAACUUCAGUUUAGUUUUUGUUAAAAAUAAAACAAUUUAACAAAGUCUAUCAAUGGACAUUCACCUGGACUAGGGUAUUAGAAUUGGAAAAUGAAAUUGGAUAGCUACAAGGGUGGAACUGAUCAAUCUAGUUUCAGUGUCCAAGCUGAGACAACUAUUAACCAAGAAAACAGUACAAAUAUGGAAAAAUAAAUUAAGAAAGAAAUGUAUUUUAAAUUAAAAAACCUUCCAAUCUGUCUGAGAUAUUAAACCAAUGCAGAGGAGGACUUAAAAUAUUAGCUUUGACAAUGUCCUUUUAAGCACUCUUGGUGUCUUUUCUUCUGUUUUGCUGUUGCCCAAUUUAUCUAGCGCACAAGCAUUUUUAGAAUUGUGGUGCUGUUAAAGACAGAUAUGAAAUCUUGACAGCAACACAUGAGUUUGAUUUUCAUUCAACUGAGUUGUUCCUUCUUUGACCCCCCCCUUACACACACACACACACACACACACACACACACACCAUUUGAGAAAGAAUGUCAGAGAAGGUGGUGGGGACUGGACAUCAGAAAUUCAAGUUAAUAUGAUAGAGUCCAAAGCCUGACACUUCUAUCUAUAUUCCAGGAUUUCCAAAUUUUUCUAAGUAGUUUUUGGUAUGGAGGAAAAAAAGGGACAGUAACAUAUACUGUUAUUUUCCUUAGGAUGGGCUGAAGGUAGGUAGUUAGGCAAAGGGAAAGAAACUGAGCAAUGGAAAAUGUAGGACGAAUAUUAAUCUGUUCCCAGCCUUAUUUUAUGCUAUGUGAAUUCCACUUUUCACAAAGUGUGAUUACAUGUAUGCAAAUGAACUCUUAAGGUCUUUUCAGGAAGAUCCAUCAAGUCAUUCCAUUCAUUAAAGUUAUCAUUAUCCAUGACUGAGUAUUGUAGAUUGUUGUAUAUUUUUAUGACCCUGUGGGAUACUUAAUAGAUUAAAUCUUUUAACACAGAAACAUAAGAAUUGCCAUACUAGAUCAAAUCAGUGGUUCAUCUAAUCCAGUAUCAACUCUUUGACAGCAUCCAGAAAAUUAGGGAAGGUGCAAGUAUCCUAAACAGGACCAUUUUGGUGUAACUGGGCAUUUCUACCUGAGACACUGUUUCUGCAGCAGCCGGAAAAUACUGCACAGUAGAGCAUCACAGCACGGACAGUGGUAAUACACUACUGCAUAGUACUAUUAGGUUAUUGUGCAGUAGCAUCACCUAAAAGAUGUUCUCCAACACUACUGCACAGUAACUCUGGUUACUGUGCAGUAGCGCCUUAUGUAGAUGUACCCACUGAUCCUUAACCAAUAGCCAGUUAUUGAUUGGCUUAUGCCUCUAUGAUUUUACUCUGCCUAAUGCAGCCGCAAAUACCCUCGUUCUCCAUAUAAAUGGCUGACUCUCCUUGGAAUCUAGAGAGGUUUAGGGCUCAAAUCUGUCUUGUAGCAGUGAGUUCCAUACUCAAAAUAUAUCAUGUGUUUAAAAAAAAUUACUAUUUUCAGGGUCAUAUCUGCUGCCUUUCAAUUACAUUGAAUAUGCUCUUGUAAUAUAAGACAGAGUUAAUAGAAGCCCUUAAUUUAUCUGCUCUGUGCUUUUCAUUUUUUAUAUAUGGCUUUGACACAAUUCCUCAUCUUUGUUCACUUCUGAAACUACAUAAUCUUAAACUUUUUUCAUAUUUUAAAUACAGAUUUAUGUUUCUAAUAACUUCCCUCUCUGCCGCCCAAUUAUUUCUGGAUGACUUGUUUUGUUUGUUUGUUCUUUUUUUUUUUCAGAACUGAAAACAGUAGUCCAGGCCAAGACAUACAUUUGAUAUAUAUAAUGACAUCAAACUAUCUUCUAUAUUAUAUUCUAUUCCAUUCUACUGACACUCAAAGUAUUAUCAUUCUAUAACUACUGUGGGCAUAACUCCAAAUGCCUUCUGAAACAAACCUGUCAGUUUCUUUCUUUCUCUUGUUCUUUUGUUCUUUCUUCCUUUGAUAGUCUCAAUUGUUUGUCUUGGAAAUGUGUUUAAUAUGACUGUUGAAACUUACCUUAAACACAGAAGAGGAAUUCUGAAUUAGUAAAUCUAAUACCUCUUUGCAUAUCUGAAGUUACAGAUAUUCUGCAUGGCUAUUUUUUCUCCUUUAUGGAUUUCUAUUAUUUUGUCUCCUAUGUGCAGUAUCUCAUUAUUCAUAGAUGUCUGUUCAUUGCACAGCAAGGGGAUUAUAACACUAGCUCCUGUAUACAGAAAGUCCACAAAGAUAAGAGCUCUCUUUGUUGGCGACAAGAAUUCCUGACUGUCAAAAACUUUAAGAUGCAUCAACCUCUGUGGUUAUCAUGACAGGAAUACAUUUUGUAAGGUACUUUUACCUCUCCAGAAACUAUGUAGCUAGAAAAAAACAAACAGAUGGAAGUAUUUCAUAGAACAGUGAGCUUAGAGGAAGACAUGUUCUCUCUUUUGUGACUGUUUGAUAGAAACGCAGUCUCUACUUUUUGUGAUAUAAAAUGACACAAUUUUUAGAAAUUAAUGAUUUUUUUUUUACUUUUAAUGAUCAUUUUUAAUAAUAGAAAUAGACAUGUAUGGGUAAGAUUAGUCAAGUUAGCAAAAUUUUAGAAAAAGAACAAGAAGCUAUUGAUCCUCAGGGUUCAAAGUAUAAGCUGAUUACCAGCUGCAUACAGGAAGGAACACUACUAAAAACAUGGCAUCACAGUAUAUGAUUAGCCAGGUAUACUGGAGUUUGGGUUUGUCUUUGCUUUUGCAUUUGGGCUUGGUUACUGUUUUAGGAUACUGAACCAGAUUAACUAUUGAGUUAUUCCAGUAUGGCAAACCUUACUUUCUAAAAUUGUACGGAGCCAACAAAGGCUAGUGACCAAAAAUAAUCUAGAAAGUAAUUACAGUGACUAGGGAAUGCAGUUCUGCAUCUCAGUAUUAACAUGAGCAAUUUCAGGUGUUUUUUAAAUAUCCAGUAAGCGUAUACCUGAAAAAUCAAUAAAAAAGCCAGGUUCUCCACAAGCUUAUGCCUUGUGUCAUUAUUUAGUCCUGUGCAAAAUGAGUGUAAGCAACAGCAGAUGAGCAGGAUAAGAGUUUUUUCUGCUUUGCACUUGUGUAGGUGAUGGCAUAAAGUUAAAAAAGUAGGAAAACUGGCUCUGCACAUGUAGAAAAGAAAUAUGAUUGACAAAAUGUAUGUGACUGAACAACUGGGUUAAGCACUUUGAAAAGCUAAAAGCAAUCAUGCUCCUGAAGGUGAUCUAAAGGGGGAAAUCCACCAAGUUUCUAGAAAUAUACUGGUGCUGUGCAUACGUGUGAAUGACAGAGAAAUACUUUUCUGUGUUGUUGGCCGUAAGAUUAAAAUAUUUAUGACAUGAAUUCAGUACUAUAACCAAAGCAAUAAAAGAGGUAUUAGGUGGGAAAUAUUGGCCAGUUUUGUUCAACUCUGCACCAUGUCAAUACAGGAUCCAUAUUCAGCAAACUACAGGCCAACCUUCUGGCUUGUAAAGAUGGUGGGGGGGAGUAAGGGUGAAGCAAAGAUGCCAGUGUGCUCAUGAAGACUGCCAACAAAAGAGUAACUCACUCCGUUUGCGUUCAGAUGCCAUCACACUGGCAUGUCUCUCUACAUCCUUCUGCCCCUGUGUUUAAGGAGGAGUCUGCUUGAGGUCCGUUGACAUGAGUUCUGUCUAAAUAUGGUGUAGAUGCAUGAAUGUGUGUAGAUGUGUGCAUCACUGUUAUAUGUCAGUAAUAUGCUUUGCAGGAGAGCCAGCAAAAAUGUUCUAUAAUAUUGGUGCUCUGUGGAACAUGUGCUUUUUAGAACUUUUUUCUUGUAUUUUAAUAAAAUCUAAAGGAAAAAAAAA